GACUGUUCCUCCUCGCGGGGCCAUUGUGUAACCUCUUCAUAAAUGUAGUAAGCCAACGGUUCCCAUAAUCCUCAACUCGAAACAAGAUGGCAGCGUCCAUGAGCUCCGAAACAACUUGACAUGAACAGAUGAACAUCAGGCUGAAUUUUGUUUGUGACACUCAUGUCAUACAAACCUUUACUUUUUGUUCUGUAUUAUUUGUACCUUAAUCAUGGGAAAGAAGAAGAACAAAGCACCCAGACCAAUAGCAUGUGAAAGUACUCCAGUGAAGAAGAAUGUGGAAGGAGGGAUUGACAUGGCUGACGGGCGAACAGGCAUUACAGCUGUCCAAAAGAAAUACCGGUUCCAAACACCUGAUGGGGGAGUCGAUGCCAAUAUAGUAGAAGAUAAGACAGUAGCCAGGGUUUCGCUACCAGCAGCAUUGGAAAAGGCCAUUGUGGAGGAGAUCCUGAGACAGAAGAGUUUGUCUAACAGUCUCGGAACUGUCUCCAGGAAGAUGUCCGCUAAGAAGCUCACUGACCUGUACAUGGCUUUGGCUGAUGUGGGAUUCCAGCAUGAACAGAUCACGGCAGCGAUGAGUAACAAUCUCGUUCAGGGCGGCGACCUCCACUCAGCACUGGACUGGCUAUGCCUCAACCUUCCAGAUAACGAGCUGCCCACUGGGUUUGCCGGCACAUUCCUGGAGGAGGGCCGACAGGAGAACAAGGAGAAAGCCAGGACACCGUUCAUGGAGGAGCAGAGGACAGAUGACUCUGGGCCAAGGAAGAAGGAACUAGACUCCACUAAAGAGACGGAAAAGUCAGGAAGCCAAAAGGCUGAUGUGAAGAACUGGAUUUUGCAGUAUGCUGAAGCAUACAGCGAUGAAGAAGAAGAGGAGGGGCCAGAUUCCAUGCAACAAGAGGAUGUUGAUCCUACAGAGCAAUACUUGGUGCUGGCAGCUCAACUCUUGGACGCCAAGGCAGCAGCCAGCCAAGCCAAACAGGAAGGGGAUAAGAGCGCACAGACGCAGGCCGGUAAGGAGAUCGCCAGACUUGCCAAAGAGAUCACAAAAGUUGAGAGCCAUCCAGACUUUGACCCUAGGGCUAAACUACAUGUAGAACUUCAAGGGGAUGGAAGGCAAGACAUUGGCACAGAGGAGGCGACACCAUCAUCAUCUGAGAAGAAGAGGAAGAAGCAAAAAAGAACAGAGAAGAAGGAGGAAGAGGAAGAAGAUGCUGGGAUGUUCAAUCUCUUUUCAGAAGAACCUGGAGCAGUGUCGUCUUCCAAAACAGCUUCUAGAAUUACAGCUGACAAGCAGGAAGACAUCCGCGGCUUUGCCUACAGCCAGAAGAACUGGACUGGCAAGUCACCCAAACAGUUCCUAAUAGACUGGUGCCGGAAAAACCUGCCCAAUACCGCUGCUCCCAAGUACCACAAAACUGAGGUCAGAGGCAAGUGGAAAUGCAAGUUGACCAUUGACCGUAAGAAGGAGCCACCAUUGGUCGUUAAGCCAGAUAUCCUAACAGAGAAUGCAAUGGAGGCCCAGCAUGUUGCCAGCGUGCUAGCACUAUGGAACCUCGCUAAAACCACGUCCAUACAUCAGCUGUUGCCACCCCCUUACAGGGACUUGUGGCUCGAGUGGAGAGAUGCAGAGAGCAAAGCCAAGGAAGAAAUCAAGACAGAAGAAAACAAGCCCAGGGAUCAGUUCGUUGCCCAGCUGCUGAAGAAACUAAAACUUCAGUCCACUUCCGAUGGGGCAAGCACCAACCGAGGUACAGCGGAAACCAAUGAAGGCAUACAGGAAUCAUGGGAAGACCAUAUUGGCAAUGUGGAUGAAAAACAGUGUACCUCAAGCUCCUCCGGUGAUGUACGCAAGCGCUCAGUUACUGGAACAACAUUACGCUCAAUAAUGCAGCACAGACAGAAAUCAGACGCCUACCAUAAGAUGUUGGCAACACGCCAGACUUUGCCUGUCUACCAGCAUCGAGAUGCCAUUUUGAGCCACGUCAAGUCCAGUCCAGUGGUCAUCGUGGCUGGAGAAACAGGCAGCGGAAAGAGCACCCAAGUACCACAGUUUUUAUUGGAGCACCUGGUCAUGUCAGGUAAGACGGGCCAUGCCAACAUUGUGUGUACCCAACCGCGGAGGAUAUCGGCCACCAGUCUAGCUAGAAGGGUGUCCCAGGAGAUGGCUGAAAAGGGACCAGGCUCCAAGGAUUCUUUGUGUGGAUAUCAGAUCCGCAUGGAGUCAAAGCAAUGCCCCACCACCAGGCUGCUCUACUGCACCACAGGGGUGCUCCUACGCAAAUUACAACUUGAUCCCAAGUUACAAGAUAUCAGCCACAUUAUAGUAGAUGAGGUCCACGAGCGCAGUGUGCAGUCGGACUUUCUGAUGGUCAUCGUCAAGAGCCUUCUUCAGCUGCGGCGGGAUCUCAGAGUGAUCCUGAUGAGUGCGACUAUGGAGAGUGCCAAGCUAUCGGCUUACUUCCAGCACUGUCCAGUGGUCAGCAUUCCUGGCAGAACCUUCCCCGUACGGGUGCAUCACAUAGAGGACAUGGUAGAACAGACCAAGUACAUUCUAGAUAGUGACUCCCCUUACGCUAUGAGGUAUGAAUCGCUGACACAGGAAGAACACACCACAGUGUCUGUGACAGGCAAAGGUGGACAAACAAAGGAUGUUCAAGUGAGCUGGGACACACAGGACAUAUCUACUCUUGAUGAGAGUGGUCUGAACCCAGAUGUCUACAGCAAGAGAACCAGGCAAGUUUUGACCAGACUAAACUGGGACCGGAUCAACAUGGACCUCAUCAUGGAGUUAAUCCACUUCUUGGGUGAAGACCCAUUCUAUGGAAGCAUAGAUGGUGCAGUGCUGGUCUUCAUGCCAGGACUAGCUGACAUCCAAGAACUGUAUGAACUCCUGCAGAGCGAUUCCAGAUUUCCAACCAGCAAGUACAGGAUACUGGCAUUGCACUCAGUGCUGUCCUCGGAGGAUCAGAGCUCAGCGUUUGACAUACCGCCCUCUGGAGUCCGCAAGGUCGUCAUAGCCACCAACAUAGCUGAGACAGGGAUCACCAUCCCAGACGCAGUGUUUGUAAUUGACUCGGGGAAAGUGAAAGAAACAAGGUACAACGAGAUGAGUCAGCUGAGUGCCCUGGUAGAGACCAACAUCAGCAAGGCCAGCGCUAAGCAGAGACAGGGCCGAGCUGGCAGGGUUAGAGAGGGAUUCUGCUUCAGGCUGUACACAAAAAAACAAUAUGAAUCUUUCAAGUCCUUCUCACCGCCCGAGAUCCUGAGGGUUCCCCUUGAAGAUCUCUGUCUCCACAUUAUGAAGUGUAAUCUUGGUUCCCCGGAGGAUUUGUUGCAACAAUGCCUGGACGCCCCUCAACUCAACACCAUACGGGCGGCUAUGAGCCUCCUGAGAGAGGUAGGGGCGUGCAAGAUUGACACGCCUUCCUUGACUCCCCUUGGGCAGCACCUGGCUGCCCUACCUGUCAAUGUCAGGGUAGGGAAGAUGCUGCUGUUUGCUGCCAUCUUUGGCUGCUUGGAGCCCAUGGCUGUGAUUGCAGCAGCCAUGACAGACAAGCAACCCUUCAUUGUGCCCAUGGGCAAAAGACAGCAGGCAGACUUAGCCAAGAAGGCCUUGGCCAUAGCCCACUCAGACCAUAUCACUGUGUACAAGGUCUAUGCCGGGUGGGAAGAGGCAGCAGAACGAGGGAGAGCUGCCGAGAUGUCUUACUGUUACCACAAUUUCCUCAGUAGAACCACACUGCUAUCAAUUAAGGAUGUCAAGAAUGAUCUGAUUAAGUUAAUCCAGUCCAUUGGUUUCGACGAUAGUCUGGCAACUGACGUUGUGCCUUUCCAGCGUGCAAGGAGAUCCUCACUUGGCCACACCCAUACCCCAGGUGACGUGCUGGAGAUCAGCAAGGUGCAACCCAAGGGGCCCAAAUUCCCGCUGACCCACGGGAACGUAGCCCUCCUGAAGGCCGCGCUGACGGCCGGCCUGUACCCUAAUGUGGCUAAAACCACCUACAGCAAGCCCAUUGAGGGAGCGCGGGAACCCAAGAAGAUCUGCCUGGCCGAGACGACCAAAGGAAACGUGGCAGUCCAUCCAGCCUCUGUCAACCGAGAGUUACUGACCAAUGGCUGGCUGCUGUACAUCGAAAAGGUGAAGUUAUCCCGAGUGUUUAUAAGAGACAACACCUUGGUGUCGGCAUACCCGUUGUUGCUAUUCGGUGGUGCUUUGGCAGUCCAACACAGGGAGAAACUUAUCACCGUGGACGAAUGGAUUAAAUUCCAGGCCCCUGCUAAAACAGCGGUCAUCUUCAAAGAAUUACGCAACCUGCUCAACUCCACGCUAGUGAGGAAGCUAUCCCAGCCGGGCCUAAAGAUUCGAGACGAAACGGUGGUUCAGCUGAUGAUGGAACUCAUCCAAUCAGAGAGGUGCAGUUCCUGACUGUCAUUACAUGAGGCAUCAUCCAAUCUGGCUGUAAGUUACAGAAUUCUUAAAGGUAAAAUUUAUCAUUUGUCAUCUCUGCAUUAUGUUCAUUUGAGGAAACAGACGUGCUCAAGAUCUAAAGAAGGGUACCGAGCAGCUAACUUGAUAAUGUUUUCAGCCAGUGAAUGCUGUAUAUACCUAAAAAAAACAAUACUGCAGGAUCUCGAUUUCAAAUCAAACGUUGCUGAAUCACGUUUGAACGUGCGUGAAUUCAGCACUUGGGACAUGCAUAUGUGUGUGUGCCAUGGCAACGCAUGCCCAAAUUCAGAAGGAACUACUAAUGGCAAUUGCCAAAAAGGCAUCUUUAAGCGCAUCAUUGGAAAUGGCCUUUUUUCAUUUUCUUCAAAAUAACAGCUUGCCAGAAGGAAUAAAUUCACAGGGUGUUUUGUCCA